AUGGUGAACAAUAGAUCAAUAAUAUCUGUUCAAAUCAAUGCACAAUCUAAUGGUAAACAUUUAUCAAACCUUUCUAAGGAUGCACUUGUAAAUCGACGUAUUAACAUGCAAAUAAUGCAAAAUAUCCUCCUUAUUUGGUUAGACAACAAUAUUAAUGAUAAUAAUGCUGAUUGUAAUAAUACAAUCAAUCAAUUAAAAUAUGUAGUCAACAACAUAAACACGUUUACAGAUGGUGAACAAUGUGUUGAAUUUAUUCAAACCACUACCUACAACAAAGUAUGUAUGAUUGUUUCCGAUUCACUUGGAAAACAUGUUGUACCUCUUGUGCAUGACUUAUCCCAAGUAGACACCAUUUUUAUUCUUUGUAACAAUCAAGAAUGGCAUAAACAAUGGGUCGAAGAAUGGCCUAAAAUAAAAGGAAUCUUCACUGAUAUGACAUCAAUCUGUGAAGCACUCAAACAAACUGCUCACCAAUGUGAGCAAAAUGCCAUCUCAAUCAGCUUUGUGGCACCUAACAAAAAGUUGGAUCAAUUAGAUCCAUCAUUCAUGUAUACUCAGAUCUUGAAAGAGAUCUUAUUAACCAUCGACUUCGAAGAUAAACAUUUCAAAGAAUUUAUUACUUAUUGUCGUGAAGCAUUUGUUGAAAAUGAGUAUGAUUUACAUAGUUUUGAAAAAUUGGAAGAUCAUUAUCAUAAUCAUACACCGAUCUGGUGGUAUACUUAUCAAUAUUUUUUAUAUUCUAUGCUCAAUCAAGCAUUAAGAUUAAUGGAUGUUGAUACUAUUGUUCGAAUGGGUUUCUUUAUUAAUGAUCUACAUCGUGAUAUUCAACGACUCCAUUCGGAACAAUUUGAUGGCGAACAAUCUAAUAAAACAUUUACAGUUUAUCGUGGACAAUGUCUUUUCAAAGAAGAUUUCACUGAAAUGAGAAAAACAAAAGGUGGACUUCUUUCAUUUAAUAACUUUUUAUCGACUAGCAAAAAUCGUAAUGUUUCUCUCUUAUUCGCACCACAAGCUGUUACAAAUCCUGAUCUUGUUGGAAUUCUAUUUGUUAUAUCCAUUAAUCCAACUGAUUCAACAACUCCAUUUGCUUCUGUUACAGAUGUUAGUUACUUUCAUACAGAAGAUGAAGUUCUCUUUUCUAUGCAUACCGUUUUUCGUAUUGGAGAUAUUCAACCAAUGGAUGGAAAUAAUCAUCUCUAUCAAGUGAAUUUAACAUUAACCAACGACAAUGAUCAAGACCUGCGACAUCUCAGCGAUCAGAUCCGGCACGAGACGUUUCCAAAUGAACAAGGAUGGUACAGAUUGGGACUAUUACUGAUUAAAAUGGGUCAAUUCAUCAAAGCUCAAGAAAUCUAUAAAGUUUUACUUCGUCAAGCAUCAAAUGAGAGCGACAUGGCACCGAUUUAUUAUCAACUAGGCUGGAUUAAACAUAAUCAAGGAGAAUAUCAAGAAGCACUUUCAUCUCAUGAAAAAGCUCUUACAAUUCGACAACAAUUACUUCCCGUCAAUCAUCCUGAUUUGGGAGAUUCCUAUAACAGAAUCGGUAAUGUAUAUGACAGCACGGGUGAUUAUCCAAAAGCACUAUCAUAUUAUGAAAAAGCCCUUGCAAUUCGACUACAAUCGCUUCCUUUCAACCAUCCUGAUUUGGGUUCUUCCUGCAUAGGCAUCGGUAAUGUGUACUACAGCAUGGGUGAUUAUCCAAAAGCACUUUCAUAUUAUGAAAAAGCUCUUGAAAUUCGACAACAGUCACUUCCUUUUAACCAUCCUAAUUUGGGUUCUUCCUGCAUGGGGAUCGGUAAUGUGUACUACAGUAUGGGUGACUAUCCGAAAGCAUUUUCAUAUUAUGAAAAGACUCUCGAAAUUCGACAACAGUCACUUCCUUCCAAUCAUCCUCAUUUGGGUGGUUCCUACAACAACAUUGGUUUGGUGUAUCACAACAUGGGUGAUUAUUCAAAAGCACUUUCUUAUUAUGAAAAAGCCCUUGCAAUUCGACAACAGUCACUUCCUUGCAACCAUCCUGAUUUGGGUUCUUCCUGCAUGGGCAUCGGUAAUGUGCACUACAGCAUGGGUGAUUAUUCCAAAGCACUUUCUAAUUAUGAAAAAGCCCUUGUAAUUCGACAACAAUCACUUCCUUCUAAUCAUCCUGAGUUGGCUAAGUCCUAUAACAACAUUGGUAGUGUGUAUGGAGAGAUUGGUGAUUAUCCAAAAGCGCUUUCUUAUUAUGAAAAAGCCCUUGCAAUUCGACAACAAUCACUUCCUUCCAAUCAUCCUGAUUUGGGUGCUUCCUAUAACAACAUCGGUUUGGUGUAUAAGAUCAUGAGUGAUUAUCCAACAGCACUUUCUUAUUAUGAGCUUGCUGUACAAAUUGGACAACAGUCCUUACCAACAAGUCAUCCUAGACUUCAACAAUGGAGAAAAAACCUUGAAGACAUGAAAAAGAAAUCAUACUUUCUAUGUCCACUUUUUUGA